AUGGGUAUCCAAGAAACCGACCCGUUAGCCCAACUGAGCUUACCACCGGGUUUCCGGUUUUACCCGACCGACGAAGAGCUUAUGGUUCAAUAUCUCUGCAGAAAAGCAGCCGGUUACGAUUUUUCUCUUCAACUUAUAGCUGAAAUCGAUCUUUAUAAAUUCGAUCCGUGGGUUUUACCAAAUAAGGCGAUAUUUGGAGAAAAGGAAUGGUAUUUUUUUAGUCCAAGGGACAGAAAAUAUCCCAACGGGUCACGACCGAACCGGGUCGCUGGAUCGGGUUAUUGGAAGGCGACCGGUACAGAUAAAAUCAUUUCGACGGAAGGAAAAAGAGUCGGUAUAAAAAAAGCUUUGGUGUUUUACAUCGGAAAAGCUCCUAAAGGCACUAAAACCAACUGGAUCAUGCACGAGUAUCGUCUUAUCGAACCCUCUCGUAGACACGGAAGCUCUAAGUUAGAUGAUUGGGUUCUAUGUCGAAUAUACAAGAAGCAAACAAGCGCACAAAAACAAAUUUACGAAAACGCAAGCACGAGUACUAGAGAACUCAGCAACAAUGGUACUUCCUCGACGACUUCGUCUUCUUCUCACUUUGAAGACGUGCUUGAUUCAUCACAUCAUGAGGUCGACAACAGAAACUUUCAGCUUUCUAAUCCAAACCGGUUUUCGUCCCUUAGACCGGAUUUAACCGGAGAGAAAAUCGGGUUCAACGGUUUAGCUGACACGCCGAGCUUCGAUUGGGGUAGUUUUGCUAACAAUGUUGAGCAUAACUCGUGUCCAGAACUCGGACUGAGUCAUGUUGUUCCUAGUCUUGACUUCAAUUGUGGCUACCUGAAGACAGAGGAGGAAUUUAACAACUCGGACGAGUUGGUUCAAAAGGGUUAUGGUGUAGACUCGGUCGGGUUUGGGUAUUCGGGGCAAGUCGGUGGUUUUGGGUUUAUGUGA